AAGUACAUCUGUCAUUUAACAUUUUGUCGCGUUUAUUGCAAAAAUCUUCGUAAUCAUUUUCAAUAAUAUAUAUUGGUAAACUAACGACACUGAUUCGUACUGUGCUGUAGACAACUUAUCUUUAAUAAUCAUGUAUUAGUUAUCAAGUGUUUGUGUUAAAUUGACAUCGAUAUUAUCUGAAGUAAAAAUGACUACAACUACCGUGCAGAAUCAAACAAAAACUACUAAUACCACACCUGCAAAACCACAAAAAACCUACGGAAAGAUAGUGCUAACUCUUCACAACUGUUUACUGCCGGAAUCAGCAUUUAAAGAAACUCCAUCACAAGCAGAUGGAUUGGACCAUGAAACAGAAACAGAUUUACGAAUCUUGGGAUGUGAAAUGAUUCAAACCGCGGGCAUCCUUCUCAAACUUCCGCAAGUAGCUAUGGCCACGGGUCAGAUGUACCUACAACGCUUUUACUACUCAAAAUCUUUUGUUAGAUAUCCAAUGGAAACCACUGCAAUGGGUAGCAUAUAUUUAGCGUCCAAAGUAGAGGAGAAACCGUGUCGAAUAAGAGACGUGAUUAAUGUUUUUCACCAUAUCAAGCAAGUCCGUGCUCAAAGGACAAUAUCACCUUUGAUUGUUGACCAAAAUUAUAUUGAAUUAAAAAAUCAAGUGAUUAAAGCAGAGCGUCGCAUUCUAAAGGAACUCGGCUUCUGUGUUCACGUGAAACAUCCUCACAAGUUAAUUGUGGUGUACCUUCAGCUUCUAAAAUAUGAGAAGAAUAAGCAAUUAAUGCAAAUGUCCUGGAACUAUAUGAAUGAUGCCCUGAGAACCAAUGUAUUCAUGAGAUUUCCUCCUGAGACUAUAGCCUGUGCUUGUAUUUACCUGACAGCUCGUAAAAUUGGCUUGCCUCUGCCAAAUAAUCCACAUUGGUUCCUUUUGUUCAAAGUAACAGAAGAAGAUAUACGAGAGGUAUCAAUGUGUAUAUUGCAGCUUUAUAAACGUCCAAAGGUUAAUCCGGAUGAUCUAGAGAGCAAAGUUGAUAUGUUAAAAAAGAUUUAUCAAGCCAAUAAGCAUAUACAAGCUCAAAAGGAAAGAGACGCUAAACAAGACGAAAAGAAAAUUGAUUCUCCAACAGCAUCAACAUCAAGAGAUUCAAAGCGUGAGUCUAAAAAAGAAAAGUCUCCAAAAACUCCUCCACUCUCAUCUAAGUAUCACAGUAGCCAUAAAAAGCGUGAGAGAAGAUCGCGAUCACCAUAUGAUCGAAAAAGAGAAUAUUCAAGCAAAAGGCACAAGUCUAGGUCUCGUGAUCGGGAUACAGAACGGACAAGAGACAGACGAUCUGAUGACAAACGCAGUCGGGGUUCAUCAAGAAAAUAUGAUGAUUAUGAGCGUUCCAAGUCAAGUAGAGAUAGCCGUGAUGAUAAAAGAAAGCAUUAAUUUCUAUUGUUACCUAUUCAAACUUUGAUUCUAAUAAAUUAAUAAUACAUUCUAAUA